UUUCUCGCUGGCGGUCACACUGUUUGCUUUUUCGUUUCUUUGGUGUGCGGAAAUAAAUAAACGAAUUUAUAUGUGAAAAUGUAUUAAUAAGUAUAGAUUAUUAAAUUAAACUCAGUGCCUAUAAUAUGCACGUGUGACUGAACGGCAGUUCGAAUAGAUAAAAAGUUGUGAUCAGCGAAAUAUUAGCGUGGCAAGCGAAGACAACAGCUGUCGAAGCGGGCGAAAGGUGAACUGAGUUCAUUGCGCUGCUGGGCAUUACGUGUGCGUCCAUCCGGUCUCCCCACUCCUCCGGUCCCUCAUCCGCAUCCACUCGAGAACUCGGGAAGCUGCCAAAAAAAAUAGAAUACAAAAUACAAAGACCAAAGAACACGCCGCUUGGCAUAAUCAAUUAAAAUGCCUAAGAAUCUGCCGCUCCUGCCGCUGACACUUUGUGCCAUCGCCAUGCUGGCCGCCGUGGGUCCCAUGCCCGCCCAUGGGGCGGUGGCCAACAGCCACAAGCACGAGAAGCAUCUCAGCAAGGAGCGGGUCAAGGACGGCAUCUACGCCCCACGGGAUGCCCACCACCACGGCGAGGAUGGGGAGCACAACGUGGAGUUCGAUCACGAGGCCAUCAUCGGCAACACGAAAGAGGCUCAGGAAUUCGACUCACUUACGCCAGAGGAAUCGAAGCGACGCCUGUUGAUAUUGAUCAAAAUGAUGGAUCUGAAUAAGGACGAAUUUAUUGACCGACAUGAGUUGAAAGCCUGGAUAUUAAGGUCCUUUAAAAAACUAUCCGAGGAAGAAGCCGCUGAUAGAUUUGAAGAAAUAGAUCAGGAUGCGGACGAAAGAAUAACGUGGAAGGAGUAUCUCCAGGACACCUACGCCAUGGAGGAUGAGGACUUCAAGAAGGAGACCAUCGACUAUGAAAGCUACGAGGAUGAGCAGAAGAUGAUCAAGCAGGACAAGGAGAUGUUCAAUGCGGCCGACACGAACAAGGAUGGAGUUCUGACGCUGGAGGAGUUCGUUUACUUCCAAAAUCCCGAGGAACAUCCACAAAUGUUGCCAAUACUGCUGGAGCACACGAUGCAGGACAAGGAUGCGAAUCACGACGGCAAGAUCAACUUCCAGGAGUUUGUCGGCGACGCGGCCUCACACCACGACAAGGAGUGGCUGAUCACAGAGAAGGAGCGGUUCGACAAGGAUCACGACUCCAAUGGCGAUGGCGUGCUGACGGGCGAUGAGGUCUUAUCCUGGAUUGUGCCAAGUAAUACGGCAAUUGCCAACGACGAGGUGGACCACCUCUUUGUCUCCACCGAUGAGGAUCACGACGAUCGGCUGUCCUACUUGGAAAUACUCAACAACUACGAUACCUUUGUGGGCAGCGAGGCCACCGACUACGGGGACCACUUACAAAACAUAAACCAUCUCUCCGACGAGCUGUAGAUGCCAUUCAAAGCCCUAUCAUGCUAUAGUGAACCUGUGCUUAGUAUUGUAUUUCGUUUAAAUAGUUAGUAAAUUUAUGUUUAUUUAUGUAAAUUCAAGUGACAAUUGCAAAUCAAUAUCGCCAAAUUGUUUUGAGCGCUCCUUACGAAUUUCAUAUUCAUACUAUUUCUGUUUUGUCAUGUAUCAAUUACAUUAUGUGUAGUAAUUUAUAUAAACACAAACAAAAAUCUACUUAAAC